GGUCUACAUACAAGAACUUGGCGGUCUACAACUCAGGACAAACAGAGUGAUCCAAGCUCAUAAUGCCAGACAUAUCCAAGCAGGACGGCUCAGAUAAUGCCGAGAAGCUCGUCGACGAAGACAUCUUGAGUACUUCGGAUACUAUGGUCGAAGACAUCGCUGAUGAUCCCGAUACUAUGGAUGAAGACACCUCAGAGGAUUCUUACCAAGACAGCGAUGAUAACAUGGAUGAAGACAGCUCAGAUGAUUCGGACUACGAUGUCAGCUUACAAGAUGACUUGAACGCGGCUUUCAAAAUCAUCAAGACUCCCGGGACAUUUGCUGCAUGGGGUUCGCUUCCGACCACUCCACCUGCCGGGCUUCAUGUGAACGGCGUCGCAGACAUUGCACUGCCUCUGAGCGAAGAAUCUGUUCGACGGCUGAUCGAGAAAGCACAUCAGGCUCCCUUCGGCCGCAGGAGCGAGACACUGAUUGAUGUGUCUGUCCGCAACACAUGGGAAAUCGACGGUGAUCAGUUGCGCUUCCUCGACCCCCUAUGGCAGGGUUAUCUGCUUGAUUUGAACAAACGUGUUGCGACCAGUCUGGGUAUCGAUGGGCCGAUUCGAUCGGAGUUGUACAAGAUGCUCAUAUAUGAACAGGGGGCCAUGUUUAAGCCACACACCGACACCGAAAAAACUCCGGGCAUGUUUGGAACUAUGAUAAUCUGUUUACCAUCGCCUCACACGGGCGGUGAAGUGGUUGUGAAGCACAACGGGGAAUGCAAGACGUUGAGCACAUCGGCUGCCAAGCAAUCAUUUGCUUGCUGGUACUCGGACGUGACCCAUGAAGUUCUACCGGUCAAAUCGGGAUACCGAUGCGUCUUGACAUACAACCUUGCCAUCAAGCCCGGUGAAUCCACGCCAGCAGCAAGUAGAUUCGACAUCCAAAAGCAACCACUCAGAAGGACGCUCAGACACUGGCUCAGAGACCUCUAUAAUGGCGAAAGCUAUCUUUACCAUGCCCUCGAGCACGAAUAUACGGAAGCUUCCAUGUCCCUCCAAACACUCAAGGCUGAAGACUUUGCCCGGGUAAGAGUAGUACAAGAUCUUACGGCUGAGUUACCUUUUGAAAUAUUCUUGGCGUUACUAGAGAAAAAAGAGGAAGGAGAUUGCGAGCCAGAUUGGACUGGCGGAGAUGAUGAAAUUCGAUGUAGAUAUGGUUACAACGAUGGUGAUCUUGAGAUCAAUGAGAACGGUGGAGAUCAUGUGCUCGAUGAGGUUAAUGAUACUAGCUAUUCCGUGAAGUCACUCCGCGCCCUUGAUGGUACAGCUAUUGCCAGUAACUUUGAUUUUGACGAGGACUGUUGCACGGAGGAAGAUCCUUUCGAGAUGGUAGGGGUGGCUAGAGAGGAAUACGAAGCUUACCAUGGAAAUUGGGGUCCUUCUGCUACCCAUUGGUAUCGUCGUGCAGCUCUUGCCAUUGUUCCCCACGAAAGCCUUGAAGAGUUUCUAACCAAAUGCGAACAUGGGGAUAGCAAGAAUGCCAACCCAAUUCUUCGUUACCUUGGACAACGUUGUUCGGAGCCUACAGCUUCAAUCCGCCUGCUUGAUCUGAUGGCCAAGCUCUGUCGCAGGCGAUCCGGCAAUCGUAUGCAAUCAGAGACAAUCAUCGUUAUCUUGAAGGCUGCCCUUCAACACGCUCACUAUGAGCUAUUUCACGCCGUCGCAACCCGCCAUCAAGGCGAAUUACCAGUUAGUUUUGCUGACUGGUCAAAGGAAUGGAUCAACACGCUUCCAGAGGUAGACCGUGCAGACAGGUAUCAGAGGUGGAUACCAUUGCUCAUUGACGCCUAUCCGUCUAUGGCUAAACGCACCGAAUUUUUCGAAAGGAUUUCCCAACAGAAAACUGAUGACUCCUCCGUGCCAGAUGCUGUACUUACAAGCCAGCCCUGGGCGCAAAACCUGUUCCGUCAGUCCAUCACAAAUCUACUCGAGACCACCACGAAACCCGCUGAAGAAGAGGGAGGCGCGAUUGUGUCCUCCAUCUUUAAUCUUAAUGAUACCUGGGAAAGCACAUCUACGUUUCUCACCUCGAUAUUUGACCGCUUCCUCAAAGUCGAAGGUAUUGCAUUCUUGCUCGGUUUCCUUUCUCAACUUAAGACUCUUGGAACGGCGGCACAGUAUCCAAUUUCCAACACCGUAGAACUCCGUAGAAAGCUUAGCUUGCGCCUUUUCAAUGGGGAACGGACGCCUGCAGACAUCUUUACCGGAGUUGAAUCUGAGGACAUGGAGGACGCCCCACCGGAACCCGCGGUUUGCGAAAGGGCUUUGGCUGGAUUUUUCUGUGAUCUUUAUGACCUGAGCGCCGAUGGAACAAACUUAAUGGAGCCGUUUAUCGAACAAAUUAAUGCACGAUGUACUACAUUCUCAGAAGCAGAAAUGACCGAGUUCUGGAUGCCGUUCCUCUAUCAACUCAUUUCAGGUCUGGCUUCUCGAUCAGUCCCGCUCAACACGCCUUUAUACCAGCAGCUCACUCGCCAAUUCCUACAGCACUACGAGGAGAAAUGCAUUGGGCCGAUGCCUCAUGCAGGUAUCAACACCCAAAGCCCUCAGGUGUCUUGCAGAUGUGCCGACUGCAAGAAACUCAACAAAUUCCUCCAAGAUGGAUCCGAGCGAGUGAUCCAAUUCAAAGUAGCCCAGAAGAGACGUCAACAUCUCGCCAAGAAAAUCGAUGAAACUAGCAUCUCCUGUUCACACGAAACACAGCACUUUGGAAGCCCUCUUACCUUGCUCGUCAAGAAAUGUCGCACCCUGGAUGAGGAGAUCAACAAAUGGAAAUCGGACCGAAAAUUCCACUAUCUUCGUGUUUGUAGAUCCAUCAAACAAGAGCACCUUGAAAACUUGCUCGGUGUUGAAGAAGCGGCCCGUCUCCAAUCAUUAUCUGUGUCAUGAAUACAAGUCACCACAUAUCAAACUCUGCAAUCAUCAACCCUCUCACAGGCUAUCACACCCUACCCCUAAAGCAAAAUACCAUCUGUUUUUCUCUUUUUCCUCUCCUGUACACAUAUCAUGGUCAUUUACCUCCACAAACAGUACCUCCCGCCCCAGACAUACAUACACAACAUCAAACCACAAAGGGUAUCAGCCCUCUUAUGAGAAAAAGAAAAAUUAACUUUCUCCACUAGUCCAAUCACUCAAGGUCUCUUGAUGCUCUGGCUCAUCGACACCCUAAACGUGCCUGCUGCUCCUGUGAAUCAAUGAUGGUUAAUUUACCCAAGAGGUGUUUCACUCAUUAGCACAGCUGCCUUAGUUUUUCCUAGCUGUAGAGGGCUAUUUAUUUCAGUAAACACAAGCUAGAAAUUGUGACUGCAUUCCUCCACAGGCUUCAUCUGAAAGCAUGCUUCAUGGAGUUGCCAUAACUCGACAGCUACUGCAGCAUCAACAUGUCCUCCAAUCAAUGGAUUACACACAUGUUCCUGUUUUUUUUUUUUUUUUUUUUUUUUU